UCCACUCUAUGUUCAGACACUUUCUGCUUUUUUCCGCGUUCACAACUGCUGCUAACAAUACAAAGAUACGCAUCGAUACGCAAGGAUGAACGACGAAGGUAAUUCAACAUUACAUGUGGUAGAGCACAUCAAACAGUACUACAUACCGACUUUCUUGUGGCUUUGUGUACUGGGCAAUGUUCUAUGCGUGUGUGUGCUUUUGGGCACAAAAUUACGUUACAACUCGUCCAGCAUCUACUUGGGUGCACUUGCGAUGAGCGACAGUGGUGUGUUGACGGCGGCAUUCCUGAUGUGGCUUGGAUGGAUGCAAAUUAUACAUUACAAAGUUUGGUUGUACGUGUUUUUGUUUGGUUUACGAUGGCUAUUUUGUUUCCUGAGUAUAUGGAUUGUAGUGGCCUUUACUGUUCAACGGUAUGUAGUGAUCAAGUGGCCGCUACUUCGUCGCUCCUGGUGCACAGUCAGCCGAGCGAAAACCGUGGUGAUCGGACUGCUAAUAUUUGCAAUUAUAUACGCUACUCCAUGGUUGAUUAUACAAAGUUUGAUAACACUAAAUUUUGAUCUUGAGGAAACACAUUUUGAGAAAUCAAACUUGACGUACUGGUGGACGGUUUUACUCAUUAUUGAUGCUAUUUUAACGUUGGUCUUACCAAUAACAAUGAUAGUGUCGUUCAAUACUCUGAUAGUAUGUGCCAUUCGCAAGCAGAAUCGUGUUCGAGAAAACUUGUUUUUAACUCCUGAUGUUCCCAAUGAGAGAAAAUUGUCUACUGCAAGUUCUGCCAGUGAAUCGAAUCAUAUAAAGGUCACAAAAAUGCUUGUUAUUAUUUCAAGCAUAUUUAUAUGUUUAAAUGCACCUAUACAUAUCUCCUCCUUUCUUCAUUACUACGACAUAAAUGCAGAUAAAUAUGUUGUUACAUUUUUGCGUGAUAUGAUCAGCUAUGUUUUUUGUCUAACAAAUCACGGGAUAAACUUUAUUCUGUAUUAUGCAACUGGAGAGAAUUUUCGCAAAGAAGUGAUCCGCAUUUGUACGAAAUGUUCAGAUACUAAAAAGGGAGAAAGUGUGGAUGUGAAAAGUUAUGAGAAAUAGUCCGAUUGAUAUUGAAUCAUUCAAUUGUUAUAAGAUCUGUUACAAACUUUGUGGCUUAAUUCUGUUCAUCAACCAUUUCUUAAGGCUACCAAAUUAUGGAAUGGACUUUUGGUCAGUAUUGUGCAACUGAGAAGAAUUUUCGUACAAAAUUGAUCCGCAUAUUUACGAAAUCUACAGAUACUGAAGAAAACAAAGAUACGGAGAUAAAAAGGUUUGAGGAUCAAUGCGAUUAUUUCUUAAUCAUGCAAUUAUUAUAAGAUAAUAUAAUAAUGAAGCACGGAAUCAAAAAAUCUAAUUAUAUCUGUCUCAUAUUACAUAUUUGAAAAAAAUUUUGGAAUACUAUCAAAUUAUUUACUAACUAAUUAAAUACAUAGUUUCUUUACUACAAAUGUAUUCUAUGUAAGCAAUAUUCUACAUAUUAUGAAAAAAUAUUAAUUAACUUUUCUCUAAAAUUAAAUUUUUCUUUAAAAAUUUUUAAUGUUUAAUCGUUAUAUUUACUAACAAUAAGAUAAAUGCUCCAAUAGUUGGACAUAUCUACAUAUAUGAUUACAAAAUAAUACAAGAGGUAUUAUAAUUUUUUUUUAAAUAUUAAAUCCUUAAACGAUAUUAAAGAUAGAGAAAAAUAAAAACACCUACUUGUCAAAUAUUUGGUUACGGAGACAUUUACUUUAUUGCAUUAUAUAACUUUUUUAUUAGUUAGAAGUUUAUAUAUGAAUAAAAUGCAUGCAAAAGUACUACACUUUACUGUUAAGA